CCGUCCACCAUGCACCGCUACGAUUCAUCAUCGGGUCGAAUGAAGUUAUCAUGCUCGAGAUGUAAAGAUAGGAAGCUGAAGUGUGACCGAGGAGAACCUCAGUGUAAACGAUGCCUGACCAGCGGCAAAAUGUGCUCGUAUCCCGAGCGACGAAAAGUCCGCACCACUCGACCCAGUGCUGAUCUGCAUCGCCUGGGCCAUCGUCUAGAGGUCCUGGAAGAGCGCUUGAAUAAAGCAGACCCGCCACAUCUCAGCACUUCGUUGCCAUCACCGACCCCGACACAGCCCAGAGCCCGACCAGAAACUGAGCCCAUCACGUCUGAAUCAGAGCAUCGCAGUGACACCUGGAUUUAUCGCAUGGUUAGCGGAGCGAAGGACAACAUCGGAAGCCUCACCACCAACACUCCGUUACCCUUGUCGCAGUCAACUGCAGACCAUGCAAUUACCCGCCUCGACACUGCGCUGGUCAAUCUUGCAGCACCAACUCGCAGACCGGACAACAAUUCGACCGACGCGCCGCGAAGCCACUUACCACUCACCAAGGCUACGCAAUGUGUUGAGACAUUUCUAGACUGUGUAUUGCCUCAUUUGACCAUCUUCGACUCUUUCGCGACCGUAGUUGACGCCGAGUUUCUGCGAACGAUGCCCCUUAUCAUCGACUCACCAUAUGUCAAGGUCGAGCCCGUUAUGCUGGUGGUAUAUCUCAAUGCCCUCUACUUCGGGCAAACAGCCGGCACCGCCGAGGAACAGAGAUCAGCGGUACAAACCUAUUAUCAAUGCCUCCACAAUGUUCCGAAAUGGCUGGCAUCGGCGCAAGGAUCGUAUCUCGACCUUCUUGCUGCCUCGCUCACAGCAUGGAUGGCAAUUAAUAAUUUUGACUACCAUCUGGCAUGGCAGUUCCACCGCGAGGCCUGUCGCUUUGGAAACUUACUGGGAGUCCACGAGGUAGAUCUUCCAACAGCCCCCGCGGAGGAGGAGGCCGAAAAAGAGAAAAAGCGUCGCACGCACUGGUACUUGGUCGAGGUCGAUUUUCUGUUUCGAAUCUGGUAUGAAAAGCCGCCAGUGCUCCGCGUUCCGAUGGCGCAGGUGCGACUUCCGGCCGAGAUCUCGCCACAGACCAAACAGCCCAAGCCAAACGACUGCAUCAUCUUCCUGGUCUGGUCGCGAGCCCUGUUUAUUAUGGCGGACUUUUUCGAUCAUCCCAUUCCAACCAGCACAGCCGACACUUGCUGCAACGAACUAGAAGAGCUGGUCGACGACUGGGCCCUCUUAUCUCACGCAAGGUCCCCCAACAUAGACCACAUCAAGUCUUGGCUUUAUGUUGAUACAAUCAUCGCACUGCAUAUCUUCAUCAUCUUCAUGCGACGGAAAGCAUCCAGUGCGGAGGAGAUCGUUCACCCACAAGCAGUGCGAUCUGCCAGACUCAUUAUCAUUCUUAUACUUGAAUGGUCGAACAUCUCAUGUUCAGCGUCUGGGAACCAGUCUGAGCUUCAUACCCUAUGCCUCACGUUUUACCCGUUUUCUGCCUUUUUCACUCUGUAUUAUCACAUCCUCUCCUCCACCGAUCCGAGCGAGUACGAAAACGACCUCCGCACGUUAGAAAAAGUGGUGAACACUAUGAGUGCAGCAGCAGCGAUCCGACCGGACCUGAUCCCCAUUGCGGAUGCAGUGAGUGCGCUGAAUGAUGUUUCGCGGGCAUUCCACUCCGGGCGACAUCCGGACUUCACGAUGAUUUGCUCCACAGAAGCUCUGCAACCGGGCUCUCAGGAGCUGGGCGCGCUCAACAAUCAGAAUGAGUUUGAUCCAUCAGCCGCGGAGAUGCCCCCUUUCGAAUCACUUCUAAACCUAACCUCUGUAUUGUCUCCGCAAACAGCCGAUGAGAUUGGCGGCAUGUUUGGGGUCCCAUUCCAACUCCAAAGUCACAUCACCGAAGCCGGGGGGACGCGGUCGGCAGCGACGCGGACAGUAUCGCAACCCUUGGACUUUGUGCGGGCUGUCGAGAAUGAACUGACCUGGAGGAACUGGCAUGAGAGCUGGUGGAAUCCACCGGGCGGGGCUGCACUGAGCAGGUGAAAACAAGGAGGUCUGGAGAAGAACCCCCAGAACGCUCUACGCUCUAGAUUUGAGGAAUAUCCUCGCGGAGGGAGGAUCUUCAGUCCAUUUAGUACACUAGUUUGAAAGAUGCAAAGCCGGGGGGGCUGAGGGUACUCCCCAAGGAUCACUUUACUCACAAUAGUGGAGUGAUGGAGUGUCAAAUAAAAAAAAUAUAUUCGGGCUAGCUGCACGAGACAAAAAUAGUACUCCCGC